CCCACUUAUGCUUAAGUAUUUAAGAGACGUUUAUAUAAAAGAAUUAACUUUUUAUUGGCUGCAAGCAUGUUGCGCUUGGCCCUAGCUUCCCGGUCACAAGCGGCCACAGCUGCUCCCUUACGCUCAGCAGGGACUAGAAAGGUUACAGCAGCUGCAGCCCCAUCUGCACCUCCGGCGACAGAUGCAGACGUGGCCGCUUUGGUGUCCGCCUUCCAGGACAGCAGGCGCCUUGUCGUCCUCACAGGAGCAGGAUGCAGCACAGAGUCAGGCGUCCCCGACUACCGCUCCCCCCAGGGCGCCUACUCCACCGGCUUCAAGCCCAUGACGCACCAGCAGUUCCUGGCCAGCCCAGCCAACCGUGCACGCUACUGGGCACGCUCCUUCUACGGCUGGCCUCGCUUCUCCGCCACGCAGCCCAACGCGGCGCACCUGGCGCUAGCGGAGCUGGAGCAGCGGGGCUGGGUGAGCGGGCUGGUGACUCAGAACGUGGACCGCCUGCACAGCGCCGCGGGCAGUCGCCGGGUGCUGGAGCUGCACGGCACCACACACAGGGUCAUAUGUCUGGGUUGCGGCCGCACCUCCCCCCGCUCCGCCCUGCAGACCCAGCUAGCGGCGCUCAACCCGGCAGCUGCGGCGCACCUGGCGGCGCUGCUGGGGCGGCCGGUGGACCCGGAGGCGGAGCGGGAGCAGGCGCUGCGGGUGGGCAGCAGCGGGGAUAACAUACGCGUGGCCGUCAGCACUCCUUCGGCCGCCUCACCGCCAUCCACCACCCCCGCCUCAACUCCCGGCAGCCCCAGCCCCGGGUCUUCCUCCUCCACCUUCCCCCCAGCCCCCGGCUCGCCCCCCCAGCAGCGCCCUGACGGCGAUGUGGAGCUGGCUGACGCGGGCGGCGGCUUCGCGGUGCCCCCCUGCGCGGCGUGCGGCGGGCUGCUGAAGCCGGAUGUGGUGUUCUUCGGGGACAACAUAGCGCACGAGGUGAAGGACAGGGCGGCUGCGCUGGUGGGAUCCGCGGACGCGCUGCUGGUGGUGGGCUCCAGCGUGCAGGUGUUCUCGGCAUUCAGACUGGUGGAGGCGGCAAAGCGGGCCGGAGCCAGGCUCGUCAUGGUCAAUGUGGGACCCACGCGCGCUGAUAAGCUGGCUGACCUCAAGGUUGAGGCGCGAGCCGGGGAGGUUAUGUCACGGUUGGCGAGACAUCCCUCGUUGCAGCUUCCGAAAUUAUGUUGAAGCCUAAUCGUUAAGCGCUUAAAGCAUGAUACCUGGACUUCUGCGAAGGUGAGAAACCUGGCAUCUAAGGACCGUUCCUUAUCCAUGGCUUACGCAGACAGGCGUUGUACUUGACGUGUAUUAUCUCCUGCCGUUUUUCGCCAUAUACUAAAGCACCAGCAUUAUCUAUAUUGCUGUUACCAAAUUACUCUUAUAUUCUCCAGAGGUUUGUUACUGCUUAACGCUUUUUUGCUUGCGCAAACUAACUGCUCAGUCGAGGUUUGCCAAGCCAUCUCAACCUUUCACACUUACCAGCAACCCUGGGGCAAAUGACUGUUGGUAGCGUAUCCGGUCCUCCGGCCAAAGGCCGUCAUGCGGUGCACCCAAAACUUAUGUUAGUAGACUUGGAUGACACCCUAUACAGGGUCCACCAGAUUCCCGCAAUAGUAAAGGAUUGCAUUCAAGAUUAUAUGGUCAAGAAGCUUGGAAUCCCUCAAGAAGAUGUCGCAGCAAAAACGUUGGAGCUUUACUUGGCGCAUGGCACGACAUUGGCAGGGCUAGUGGCUAGCGGCUACCGCAUCGACUACGAGGACUGGCACCAGCACGUGCACCAGGGCGCGCUGGACUACGAGGCGCUGCUGCAGCCCGACCCCUCGCUGCGGGACAUCCUCUGCUCCAUCGACCUGCCCAAGUACAUCCUCACCAACGCCAACCGGGAGCACACGGAGCGCUGCCUGGCGCGCCUGGGGCUCAGCGACUGCUUCCAGGGCCUGUUCUACUUUGAGAACGUCAUGGAGCUGGCCGCCUCACACGGCCUGGACGUCUCGCACAGCGUGCUCUGCAAGCCCAACCCGCGCAUCUACCAGCUAGUUGCGGCGCACCUGGGGGUGAGCAUGCAGGAGGUCAUCUUCUUCGACGACUCGACACGCAACGUGGCGGCGGCGCACGGGCUGGGCGCCACCACGGUGCUGGUGGGGGCGGAGCAGCCCUGUCCGGGGGCCGACCUGGCCGUACCCUCCAUGCACCACCUGCCGGCCGCCAUGCCGCAGCUGCUGGACCAGCCGGGGCUGGUGCACGAGCACCACCGGCACCAGCAGGCGGGGCAGCAGCAGGGGCAGCAGAAGAGCGUGGGAGGAGAUGUGGCGGUGGAGGGCGUUGUGGCUGUGACCGCUGUUUCGGGCAUUGCGGCGGGGGCAGGCGGCAGCAGUAGUGCGGGUGUGGCCGUCAGCGUGCCGGCUUCUUGAGGGUGGGCGACGUGCUUGGGACUCUGUGUCGUGUACAUAUGAGAGCGGAAUCGUGAACAAAGCACUGCGAACGCGAAUCUAGAGUGUGGCAUGGGGAUGAGCGCUGACAGCCGAGCUAACGGGCCUUGUUCACCUUAACUACGACGGCUGGAAGAUAAACUGUAUAACCGGCCGAACGGAACUUGCUGCGGUGUGUGUAUCGGUCAGCGUACUCCGCUGCACCUCGUUGUCCGGGGGUGCAGCAGCGCGCUUCGUGCAGCGCGUCGUUACCGUGACAUCCAGUAAUUGUAUUAUUAUUUCUAUGAGAGACAUCAAUUGCUAGGCAUUGUUGCUUACACGUUCGGAUUUCGCCUCGGCGUGCUUCUGCUGUUUACUGUAUGCUUGGAGGGGCCCACUAAAUAGCGCAUGGAAAGCAAGGUUGUAUCACAGGGCUCCUCGAGGCUCUGGCGGCAGGUACUCGGAUGUUGUCCUGCAAGGGCCGCUUGUUUACAGAUUGUAAGGCUAAACUUUGCCAA